AUGGGCAUGGGCCUUGGUCUUGGUCUUGGUUUGAGCCAUGCACCCUGCACUGGCACCCUGACGCCGCACCACGGCCUGGCCACGGCCACCUCGCCCACCGCCCAUUCGGCGCCGCUGGGCAACAUCUGCAACACGCUGCCACAUGCCCCGAGCUCGGGCCUGUCUAGCAAUCUGCCACUGAACCGAAACCUGGUGAUGCUGCGCAAUCACCUGCGCAAGAAUACGAGCAGUAGUGGUGGCCUGUCAGGAAAUGGAGGCGGCGGCGGCGGCGGUGGCGGCUCAGGAGCAUCCGGUGUGGGAGUGCAGCUGCUGCAGGAUCAGGACGACCGGCUGGAGGAUCAAUAACCCAUUUACUACAUCAAGUUCUUAGUUUAGUCUCCCUUUGAGUUAAGUGUAUUUCAAUUGCUGUGAUUCGAUAGUGAAAACAAAAGGCCAACAUGCGUCUUUCAGUUCAAAUGUAUAGUAUGUAUAGAGAGAGAUAGACAGACAGUUAGGGAAAGAGAACGGUAUAGUGGGGAAUGUGUGCUUAGGGAGAAAUAGAGAGAGAGUUAGUCAGAGUCAGUCAAUCCUUCCUCCGAUAAUGUUGGCAUUUACACAAAAAUAUAUAACACUUAUAUAUAUAUAUAUAUAUAUAUAUAUAUACAUAAAUACAGACUUAUAAACAUACACAUCUGCAGAAAAAAGAAAGAGAAAUUUUAUAUAAAAAUUAGAAACGUAACAAAAUAGAUAUUUUGACUAUUUUUAGUUAGCCUCAAGCUGUGUAUUGAAUGAGACUUGUUUAUUUGCCAUUUGUUUACUGUUUAAUUGCUUUGUGUAUGCAUAUUUCUCAACGUGAUAUUGUGAAACGUCCAACUUGAAUUGCAUUUUACAUAGAUUCAUUUCCAACGUUUUAAUAACAGACACACACUCACACAACCAGAAGUUGAUUCCUAUUUUAAGGCACACUAAUCUGAGUGCAAGCAAUAGACCAAUUCAAUUUUAACAACCAAACGAAAUAAAAUGUUUAUACACGAAAAAAUAUACAAACAUAAGAAGAAGUUUAAGAAGAACAGAACACCAACUGCCAUUCGAAACUAAUUUUAAUUUGUUAAACUCGUAUAAGGACAAUGUAAAUGUAAAGGAAACGAAGAAUGCAUCGUGCAAAUCCGUCAGAAACUUGUAAAAAUGAAUGCCGAAAAUUGCCAAAAUCGAGCAAAGAAAAAGUAAUGUACGCUAAGCAAUAUUUUCAAAUCGUAGAGCGACUCGUGUCCGGAUCGUGUGUACAUAUAUAGGAUUGCGAUCCAGGUAAGAUUUAUUAUGCCACUUAUAGAAGAUAACAAAACGUAUCCACUAUGAGCGAUUUAGCGAUAAUCAAAAGCAGACAAUGAAAUUAGUCAGGCAGCACAAAUGUUUUUAAUCAGUUUCCAUCAAUUAGUUAAAUAAAUGAACGAAUAUUUAUCACGGCACACGAACUACGAAUAACAUAUUAAAAUUUAAACUGAUUAAAUUACAUAUUAAAGUAUAGCAUAACUAAGCGUAGAGCAUAUGAUUCUAAUAUAGCAAUUGACUAAAUGUAAAUUAGUUUAUUUGAAGAACGCUUUGACUUCUACUCAGAACGUAAUUAAACCUGAACAUAUUUUGUGAACAUAAGAUAUCGACAUUCGUAUUGUAACGCAAUUAACUCUAAUCGCAAAUAAAUUAAAUCAAAUUUAAACAACAAACAAAUCGCACGUGUUACAGCCAGACGAAGAAAAGGGUUAAAGACAGAUAAUAUAUAACGAGUGGGUCGCAUCGGAUGAGGAAUACUGGAUUAUAGGCAUUUUUUUAAAUUUAACUAUCCAAACUACAUUUAAGUGUUUCAACUGUAAAUUGUAACAAAGUCAACAAAAAGAAUAUUUAUAUAUUUAAAGACGAAACGAGAAGCAGACACAAAACGAACACAACCACACAGCAUGUGCUAGCAUUUUCUAAUUAUCACUGUAAAAUGAUGUAAUUUAAAGACAGAAUAUAUAAGCAAUAUUAAAGUUUAACCUUCCAAGGAGCCACAAAAUUGAUCAUUAAGUCAACACAUUACAAUUGCUAAACAAAAAACCAGUAAAAAUUCCAAUACACAAAGUAAAAAAAAAGGAGAGCGCAAACUAAAGUAUUCAGAGUUCAGUAAAUUUUAGAAGAAAUUUUCAAAGAAACCAAAACAAAGUGGAAAACGAUGAUUCAUGUUUAUGCAUAAAUCAAAGUAAAAUUCUUUAAAUAAAAAUGAACAUAUCUAAAAAGUAAAUAA